CCGUCCCGCGGAGCCAUGGCGGCAGGCGGCCCCUGAGGCGCCGCCAUGUACUCCGGUGCCGCCGCCGCGGGAUCGCCGCGCCGGGACUUCAUCUCCGUCACUCUCGGCCCGGAGGAGGCGGUCGGGGUCGGUGGCUACAACAACAGCAAGGCCUGGCGGCGGCGCUCCUGCUGGCGGAAAUGGAAGCAGCUGUCCCGACUCCAGCGGAGUGUCAUUCUCUUCCUGUUUGCAUUCUUGGCAGUGUGUGGAGCAAUUUCGUACACAAGCAUGGGGGAAACAUGGAAAAGUAUCACAAACAAAUCGUUGGAUGAUCAGAGAACAGAACAACAAAUUCCUAGAUUGAAACUGGCAAAUCCAGUUGUUCUACCAGCACCCCAGAAAGCAGAUGCCAACCAUGGAGACUACCCUGAGCUUUCACUGCAGAAACCACCGAAACCGCCUCAUGUUCGUCGUGGUCCUUCUAAUCUUCAGAUCAAGGCACCACGGAGAGACACGAGGCUGAAGACCCGACAUGAUACCAUGAGGGCUGUAGAAGAGCUGGUCGAAGCGCAUAAAGUAGAGAAAACAGAGAAAUCCAUUAUCAGCUGGAGAGGAGCAGUGAUAGAACCUGACCAAAGCACUGAACCGCCAUCCAGUAAAAUAACGGAACCAGAAAAGCCUUCAUCUGUGGAAGCUGAAGACCAGAAAGAACCAGUGCCCAUCAAUGAACGGCAGCUGGCUGUGAUUGAAGCCUUCCGCCAUGCCUGGAAAGGUUACAAGGAUUUUGCCUGGGGUCAUGAUGAGCUGAAGCCUUUGUCCAAGUCAUACAGUGAGUGGUUUGGACUUGGGCUUACCUUAAUUGAUGCCUUGGAUACCAUGUGGAUUUUAGGCUUAAAAGAAGAGUUUGACGAAGCAAGAAAAUGGGUAGCAAAUGAUUUAGUAUUUGAUAAAAAUGUGGAUGUAAACCUAUUUGAGAGCACUAUCCGUAUCCUGGGUGGCUUGCUGAGCACCUACCACCUUUCUGGAGAUAGCCUUUUCCUGGAAAAAGCUAAAGACAUUGGAAACAGGCUUAUGCCAGCAUUCAAGACCCCCUCCAAGAUACCAUAUUCUGAUGUCAACAUUGGUCGGGGCACCGCACAUCCCCCUCGCUGGACAUCUGACAGCACCGUGGCGGAGGUGACCAGCAUUCAGUUGGAGUUCAGGGAGCUCUCUCGUCUGACUGGAGAUGAGAAAUUCCGGAAAGCUGUAGAUGAGGUGAUGAAGCAUGUUCACAUCCUCUCAGGGAAAAAUGAUGGCCUAGUGCCUAUGUUCAUCAACACCAACAGUGGGCAGUUCACCCACCUGGGAGUAUACACUCUGGGAGCCAGAGCUGACAGCUACUACGAGUAUCUGCUCAAGCAAUGGAUUCAGGGUGGAAAGAAAGAAAAUGAGCUGUUGGAAGACUAUGUGAGAGCCAUAGAAGGAGUGAAAAAACAUCUUCUUCAGAGAUCGGAACCCAAGAAGCUUACUUUUGUAGGAGAGCUUGCUCAUGGCCAUUUCAGUGCCAAGAUGGAUCACUUGGUUUGCUUCUUGCCAGGUACUUUAGCACUGGGAGCUCACAAUGGACUGGCUGCUGAUCAUAUGAAAUUGGCUGAAACUCUUAUAGAAACCUGCUACCAGAUGUAUGCUCAAGUAGAGACAGGCCUGAGCCCAGAGAUCGUACACUUCAACCUUCAUGCACAGAAGGGCCACAAGGAUGUAGAAAUCAAGCCUGCAGACAGGCACAAUUUGUUGCGACCAGAAACUGUGGAAAGCCUUUUUUAUAUGUACAGAUUCACUGGUGAUAAGAAAUACCAAGAUUGGGGCUGGGAAAUCUUGCAGAAUUUCAACAGAUACACCAGGGUUCCUACAGGUGGUUAUACUUCCAUUAACAACGUUCAGAAUCCCAGUAAUCCAGAGCCACGGGAUAAAAUGGAGAGCUUCUUCCUUGGGGAAACACUCAAAUACAUGUUUCUGCUGUUCUCAGAUGACAUAGACCUAAUCAACCUUGACAGAUACAUCUUUAACACAGAGGCUCAUCCGCUCCCUAUCUGGGUACCAGCAUAGCCUCUGCAUCAGUGGAUCUUCCAGUGGUGGCAUUUUUAUCUUCAAGUCACUUUACUUUUCAGGGUUUGAGGAGACAUGCUAUAAUGCACCUUUUUUGACUUCAAACACAGACAAAAGCUUGGGAAAAGCAUUUCUGGUUUGAAGAAAUCAUGUCAGUCUUAAAUCUAAUCUCUGGUUCUGGGAUGGGCAAAGCUGUGCCAUAUGAAGCUGGUUUCCCUGGUACUGGUGAUGAGGUUCAGCAGGUAAUUGUAGUGUGGACCAUGACAUUCUCGGGGCUCUGAUGACCCACUUAACUGAUGAUUCACUUAUGUCAGUGUUACUAAAUGCUCAUUAAUUAUUGGGAAUGCAGCGAAUUGGCUUAGGGCACAGCGUUGUUCCUGGAGAGCAGGAAUAAGCCUCCAGUUUUGUGGUUUAUUCUGGAUUCACUGAAACACUGGAUUACAGAGCCAUUCCUUUGUCAGACUGACAGUGGUUCAGAUGCAAAGUGGAAUAAACAAAGAGCUGUAGUGCUAUCCCAGGGAGAAGCUGUCAGUAUUGCUGCUGGUACUCUGAUCUCAUUCCAAACUCCCAAGAUAUGCUGCAUCAUGGUAGAAGAGGCAGCAGAGCAUCUGUUGUAUAGUGUCUUAGUUUUGUAGAGUACUUGGAAUGGUAUUCAAGUUGUGGCUGAAAUGAAUGGUGAAAGAGAAUUUGCUGCUGGUUUAGCUCAAAGUGGUAUAUAAUUUUGUAGAAGUAUUGCAGUUUUUUUAACUUCCCUGCAGGAAAGCAGGAGAUAAUGUGAAAUGCAAGUUAAACUACACGUGCAUUUUAUAUCUUAUUUGCAUCAGUUAGACUCAGGUAUUCUGACUGAAAGCUGCUUUCAGCUUUUCAGAGGUUGGACACUGGGAAAGCUUGUGAGCAUACUAGGUAUCAGCCUUCUUCCAUCGCUUCCUGUUCAGAUAUCACCUCAUGGGUUUUUGUUGACUCAAAACAAGCUUACAGCUGUACAGCAAAGUUCUUGUUAUUCAUAAUUUCUUGGACCAUGGAGAAAUUAUCUUUUUUUUUCCUUAGGAGUACAGAGGGUAUUUUCAGCAGUAGUGUUAAAAGCAGACAGACUACAGCAGUUCUAGGCCCCAGUAGAAUUGGAGAAAUUAAUUUCAGUUACUUGAAGACAAAGUAGACCCAGGUUUUUUAAGAAUCUUACAGGAGCCCUGUGAUCUUCCAUUUUUAUAUGUGCACACAUACAGAUUUUAAGCCAUGAAUUUGGAAAUGAGCUUUCUAGAGUGCUUUUCCUUUUGGAUUUGGACAGUCCUGUAUUCAUGGAUAAGAUCUCAGAAAUGUGAUUAUUCAUAUUUCCAGAAGAGGGUGGUCUCACUGAAAGUCUCUUUCCCCCAUGGCAGUGGGUGUCAUUUAGUGGGGACUGGGGCAGGGCCAGUCCCCACUAAAUCCAGGGGUCCCUGGCCAUUAGUAGAGCUGACUGAAUUUGACUCUAAUAGUUCAUUUUCCAGUGGCUGAGAGAGGUAUUUUAUAGUAAUUGUAACCUUUGAUUUGUAAAGUAAGAUGUAUCUUUAUUUGUUUUAUGCUGAUCCAUUCUGUUUGCUGGAGUUACAAGUUACUCUUGGGACCACUAUUUAAGUCUUUUAUAUAAUACUUAUCAUUCCAUGUACUAAUGGAAAUGGAGAAAUUUUAGGAAUUAUUUAAAUGCACAUUCUUCUGUCAUUAGAGGGACCCUGUCCUGGGAUUGACAGGACAUAACUAGUUAGUGCAGAACGUUAAUGUUCCUCCUGUUCACAUGCCAGCAGUAACUCUGAGAACAAGCUUCUCACUUAUAAGUGCAGUGGAAUCCUGUCACUAUGGCCUUUGGCUACACAACCAGUUUCCUGCCAAGGCUUCUGUUUUCUUUGGCACAACAACAAAUGAGGAUAGUGCAGCAGAAAUGCGGAAGGAAGCACCUUCAGUUUUUUUGUUCAUGAAGCAGGUUUGUGCCGCUGAGGAGCUGAGUUUUGGCUAAAAGCUAAAGGCUUAAAAUUGGAGACUAAAGAAAAAAAUUAAAAAUUUAAAUUCCGUGACACUACCCAGGUCCUGCUGACCUGUGUUGCUUUGGCCGUGUGCCUUUGAACAAAGCGAAUUUUGAACCUUUAAUUAUGACUGUGCUAUGGAUUGUAAAAUUUCCAGGGAGCUGCCUGACUGAGGCAACAGAGAUUUCUUAGAAAAUGGAAUACAUAUAAAUACUUACCAAAAAUCUUCUGGUUUUGAAGUUGUACACAAGUCGUAAUGUAAUCGAUUCUACAAAGGGGACUAUGGGAGUCUUAUGUGAUACUUUUUUUGCCUUAUGAUUGGCUUGAGAGUAAUAUUUAAUUUCCUAAUGAGUUGAAGGAGAGAAGAAUAAACUGUCACUUUCCCAAACAUUCUUGUCUUUUAGCUGAGGUUAUUGGUCCAGCUGAUUUCUAUCUAGUUCCUCUUGGGACGUGCAGUCUCCUCAAAAUGUGGCUUUACUGUCCUCAGCCUCUAAACCUGAGGUUCAGAUUGUUAGCUCUCACUCCCUUUGAGAACAAACAUUUGUUUCAGACAUCUAUAUCACGUGUGAAAUGGCACAAACUAAAUAAUCUCAACAAAGCUCAUCUGUUCUUCCUGUUCUUCUGCAGAGGUCAUUUUAAUUGCUUGUUUAUUUUAACUUUCUUAACAAACUGGUCAGAUCAGUCUCUGAGCUCCACAGCCUAUGUCUGUUCCAUAAUGUGCUCCUCCAGUGCAACUGAAGCUCAAUUUGUGGAUCCUUGUUCCAAAGCUUGAAAUGCUGGGUCUGUAAUCCACUUUGGUGUUUCUACAUGCUAGGACAUUUUUGGCUUAAGUGGAGUGUUGUGGGAAGGCCACCACUGAGCCAGGGAUUAUGUCCUUCACAAUAGAAAGCCUUGGCUUUCACUGAGAAACAGAGCUGGGCACGGGCAGAGCCACAGAGAACUGCAGGGCUGUGUACUUGGGAGUCUCACACUUGGGGCUUUGAGCAACGUUCAGGAAAUACUGACCUGUAUGCUCAAAAAAAAUUCAGCAGAUGGAUGGGGCACAGUUACCAUCUAAUCCCUUGAAAGCUGAAUUCUCAUUACAGGUCUUCAGAAACUGGCAGUUUUGCAAGGUCCCUGGUGUUGGUUGACAGGAUCCUUGUGAUUUGCAAGACUUCCAUUUAACAGGAUUUUCAGCAUUCCAUGCCAAGCUCGGGUACAGCUCUGUUUACUCCUCCAAAGAAUACACCUUGUUUCCUGGUUCCAUGCGAGCGUGAUGUUGGCAGUGAUGACAGAUGAAGACAGGAAAAGUUUUUGCAAUAACACAUUUAGUUUUGUGAAUUUUUCCUGUGCUUCAGAACUUGCCUCUUAGAAAUAGCCCUGCAAGAGAAUUCAGCUCCUGACUGCCAGUGCCACACUCAGUAUAAUUAACAGGAUCAGUAAAACUGACAUGAUGGGGUAGCUCCAUGAAGCUUGUUGCUUCAAGAGAAGGGGUUAAGAUUUUUCUGACUUUGGAUUUGGGAAGAAAGACUUGGGGUUUUUUUGUUCUCUGAAGUUCUGCUGGAGAUUGCUGUCCAAAGCUGGAAGCCUCUGUGUCCACUGGAGCCCAACGCUGAGUUCCUGUUCUGUACAAUGUUCCCACCUUGGCUGCAUUCAUUGUGUCAGUAAACGAUGAUAGAACAAAUGAGCCUUUGUUCAACAACCUCACUGUUGCGGACCUUAAGCGCAGGGCCUACACCCAUGGUUUGGUCUGGGUCACUCACUGCUUAUAUGCCAUUUUCCUUGUGUGGCCCUGAAGUUCAAGCCGGGAGCAGCAUUCCCAUGAUGCUCAAGAGUGGUGCUUUGGGGCUCUUCCCUUCAGCUCAGACAGCACUGCACAACAGGGUUUUCUUUUUACCUCCCAUGCUUGCUUGCCAAAGGAUUCAAAACAUUAUCGAUGUUGAUGGCACUGGCUUCAGGCUUCUGCCGUGAUUUCUUUUAUGGCAUUGCUCAUCUGUGCUGGAUGUCCAUGUGUAUUAUCUCUUCACCAUAGUGUCUGAAAGCAUUUAGUUUAUCCUUCUGUAUCAAUCAAACUGUGUGUAUUCCUUUGGAAUAAGAACUAUGUGUAAGAGGAAAAUAAGGGCUCAGUAUAGUCCAAGAGAAGGGGAUUAAAAAACUUGUCCUUCUGGAAGGUCAGCAGACACCCAGGCCUCCUUUCUUUUCAAAGCACAAACCCAGCCCUGGUGACUGGGACAACUUGGAGUGACUUCCUGAAACACUUGCCCUUGAACCUGGCUGUGGUACCUGCUUACAGGUGUGAAGGGUGCUGUUUCAAGGGAAAUAAAAGCAGGAUGCAAUCCUUGCUCUCUCCUUUUUUUCCCUAAUGUGUUAAUCCUGAAUAAUGGCUGGGGUAUAGCAAAUCUGAAUUGAGAAAAGUUGUGGGCUCUGAGCCCAACAGAGGAUGACCACUUCAGUAAGGCUUGAUAUAGCAGCAGUAAAGCCAAAGCCUGAUUUGAGCAGGAACAAAAAGAACAGUGGCAGCUCUAAGCAGAACCCAUGGAGGUUUUCAUCAGCAUCAACAGAGAGGAUUCAGGUCAAGGAUGUGGUGCCACUGGCAGUCUUAGCACAACUUUUGUAGGGACUGGAGUUUGAUUAAUUUGGUCUUCCAAGUCAUCCUUCAUUUACAUGUAUCUGAAAUAGCUGGUCAGCGGAUCCAUCUGUUCCUGCUCUCCUCAGCAUCCCUGGCUGGAGGGACCAGAAGCUUUGGUCUUUUGUUAAGAACAGGGCAGAGGCGGAUGAAACAGAUCUCGGCACACAAAUAUUGUGAAACACCAGCAAUGGCUCUGGGAACCAGUCCUGGGCCCGGCAGUGCAGACAAUGACACCAAGCACCACUGUGACUGUGCUGCACAAACAGUGAAAACCUUUGGGAACUCAGGAAACCUCUUCACUCACUCAUCACUGUAAAGUAACAUCAACUGAGGCAGCCAGUUAUCAGGAAUUAGUAUUUCCGCAGUUAUGCUAGUAAUUAUUGGUGCUUAGUCAGUCUAGUAGCACCUGUUCAUGUGUGAAGAUUCACCUGGGAAGGUGAGAAGGAACCUUUUUGUAUCUUCUUUGGUUAUACUACCAAGCCAUGAAAUUAUAUCACACCCUUUAAUAAACUUUUAUAUCACAGACUUUAA